GCACGCUCUCCAGCUUCGACUUCCUGCAUGACUGGACAAGUACGACCAUCUACGAGGGCAGAGAGGCAUUGUUGAACACAAAGACUACGGCCUGCUUUAGGAAUUCAUACACAAGCUUGGCCUGGUGACUCAGUCCUGCUUGUGCGGCCAGAUUACCAAGCUGGGCUUUUCAGGGAUCAAAUUCCAAUUUGUCGGGCGACGCGGGGACGCAUCGCGUUCUUACAUUUGACACCCGCGAGCCACCAGACCAGACCGCACCGCACGCCCUACGCAUCAAGACCCUCGCAUCCCCCACAUAUCCUUGCCUCUUGACACUAUCGUCCUUUGAAACGCUUUUGUGCACUGCUGAGAUCUCGCUGGGGCUUCUCCAUUACUCAACUUCAUAUUCAGUCACGAGAUCCUUCAACGGAAGAUGACCUCCUCUGAAAGCGAAGAGCGGUCUGCGACAACAAGAAAGCGUUCGCGGACGAGCCCUGGUAGUGAAGAUGCCGCUGCGAAGAAAUCUCGCGGUCGGCCGCGGGUGGAUACUCAGGACGAAACGGCUGCGGACCGUCGUCGUACACAAAUCCGACUAGCACAGCGAGCAUACCGUCAAAGAAAAGAGACAACGAUCUCGUCUCUAAAGAGUCAGGUCACUGAACUCCAGAAUGCGGUUGAAGAAAUGAACCGAUCAUUCGUCCAAUUCAACGACUCUGCUAUCAGCUCCGGUGUCCUCACCCUCCGACCAGAAUUAGGAAGGGACCUAAAGUCGACUAUGGAGACCUUUGUCAAGAUUGCACGGGCUGCUGCUGCUGACGGAGGCAACUACGACGAGGAGACUGGAGAACUCGAAUUUGAUCCGGCCGCAGAGCUACACAAAGCGACUGAAAUCGCGAGAGCCGCUCGUGCGAGCUCCUCCAUAAACAGACCGACUGCGCCUCCUGUCCCAGAGCAUACGGAAAUUGGGUGGGGAUACGUUGCUCAGCCCACGGAUUCCUCGUCACCAGAGCCAGAUCAUAGCAAUUCUCUCUCUGCGAGCACCUUCAUCCCAGCCGCGAUCAAUUCUCCAUACGAAAUGAGCAAAGAAAACAGCCGUUUCGUGACUUCCCGGAUGGGCAACUAUUCGACCCCCGUCAAUAAUGGAAGCUCGGACAAUCAUUCAUUCUCACUGAUCAACGCACUCAUGCAAAACGUCUCUCCAAAUUCCAUUCAACCACAAGCGUUCCUCGCCAGGGUACCUACUCCCUCUAAUAUCUUUCCACCUAUCUCAGAGAAGGCGCCGUUACCCACACGGUUCGCAUCGCCAGAUGGGCCAAAUCUCACCAAGACACUGAGUCUGCGAGCACCGUACACAUAUAGUUUCCAAGAGACAACCUUCGCCCGGCGGUUGAUACGGGCUACAGUCGAGCGGGGCUUCCAUCUCUUGAGCACAGCGUCUCUACACCCUGCGGCAGUGAAUCACGUAUUCAAGCUGUCGUUGCCAUAUAUGUCACGCGAUCAAAUGCUUGCCCGGUUCCGCGCCAUUCUCACUAAAUCCAACUCAGACACCCUGGAUUGCUGGCAGACGCCUUUCAUUCACCUGGGCGGAGCCGGGACCCACUACCCACGUAGAGAUGCAAAUGGCAGUGUUGAACCCCCACCAAACUCGUGGAAUGUACGGAGCAUUGGCCCCCUGAAGAAACUCAUCCUGGAGAGUUCCGUAGACAGCUCUGUCAACCAAGUAGUCGACGUCGAUCUUCGUGGCUUCGAAGGCGAGUGGUUCGAUGCGCACGACGUAGAGGGCUACCUUGAAGAGAUGGGCGUGCGUAUAGAUCCGCAAGCAUCGUUCGCCGAAGCAUACGUUGAUGUCGAGGAGGCCCUCCACCCUGACAUGCCGGCUAUGAUAUAUGGCACGGACAUUCCGCUCAGCAUGGAGCCUGCAGUGGACAGUUUCCAUUCGAGGUCGUUUGAUGUUGAAAGCCAGGCUCACAGCAGUUCGAGUGGAGACAGUACUACCGACCAUUCCCCACCGCGGACGCCUGGGAUGUCGACCUUGGAUCAACUGCUUGCUCAGACUGAUACCCCGUAUGGUCUCGAUAUGGGGGUUGGAGACUUCUCCAAUUUUGGCAGGAUUUCAGAGUUGGACACGAGUGGUAUGUUCGAGCCGUUGGGCCUUGAUCUUGGUGGCGGCUUCGACAUGGACGACACUAGCAUGACCUUGGGCUUGGACAUGAUGGGGGUGGAGCCCGUGAAGCGGAAAGUGAAGAAGGCAGUCCUCGUCGAUGUUUCUAAACUCAUUGAGGAGGUCGUUAAGAGGGCAGUCUGUCUUGGCCGUUCGCCCGGUUACCGACGCAAGGAUGUCGACAUGGCGUUCAAGUCAGCGCUUAUCCAGGCUUUCUAGAUUUCGAAAGUCUCUGGUCGUGUGAAAAAUAAUGGACUUGUAGGUUUCAGCGUGGUGUUAGCGGGCUUGUUUUACGACCAAUAGUCUUCGGAGUUACAUCAGUCUUUACACGGUGGGAUGGUAUACUCGUCUCAACCUAGGGUAUCUGCGACGUGUUCGGUGUCUCUCUGUGUGAUAGUUUUGGGCAAAAUCAGUGCCUGGGGUUUCUGCAAGGAACCAGCAAGAUACCUUCGUGUUAUUCAAAUCGUGCUUACGAUGGCGAUACUCCUGAUAAUGACGACCGGUGCAAAUUAUAUCCACAGUGCCGUGACAAAAGUCGGC